AUGGAUCCACGUUAUUAUUCAACGCCGACCGCCCCCGAAGGAUCCCUUCCUCCUCCUCCUCCCCCUCCUCCACCACCACCUCCUCCUAUUGAGCAGCAGCAGCAGCAGCAGCAACAGCAGCAGCAGCAACAGCAGCAGCAGCAACAGCAGCAGCCAGGAACAAAACGCCCUCAUGCCUCCGCGGUAAAGUCAAGAUCUGCAUCUAGCUAUCCACGAAAAAGAGCUGUCAGCGCGUGCCUUGUGUGUCGCGGCAGAAAGACGAAAUGUGACAACCAGCGCCCACAGUGCGGGUUCUGCCGACAGAAUGGUGCCGAAUGUGUUUAUGAGGCCGAGAAGCUUGCUACAUUCGACGCGGCUUCUCUGGCCAUUUUGGACAGACUCUCGAGGAUAGAAGCGCUGCUAGAUGUUCCAGCAAACAACCAACCUACGAGUCACCCUUCGCCCCAUGCAUCAUCUACGAGCGGAGGUGCUGUGAUGCCGAGUACUGCGACCACUAUAAGGACGCAUUCACCUGGACUCAGGGGCUCAGAUCACCCAGCAGAGGCGUCGGGGGUAUUUCCUAUCUCUAUAUCAACAGCUGCGGCGUCGAGGGUAGAAAAUGUUUUACAAUGGCCCGUCUUCCAGGGAAAGAUAUCCACAGAAGAUAUCUUGGCACCUGUUUUCGCGAACAAAGGAGAUGACUCGGAUGAUGAAGAUUCCGAUGAUGGGGAGGCACAAGGCUGGGGCAAUGAUUACCGACCCGAUAGACAUUCGAUGGAGCAUCAGAACGGACAGCAUGAGCAUCAGGAUGGGGAUGAUUAUAGUCCUAGCACCAAAAAGGGGCCGAUGUAUAUCGAUGAAAAGGUUUUACUACAAACCCGGGGGGAGAUUGCCAUUCUGGUUAAGAGAUUCUUCCGAAACGUACACACGAAAAACCCCAUCUUGGAUUCAAGCGAACUGGAAAAGUACGCCAACCAUGUCGAGCGUGUUGGGGAAUUUGGCUGGACUGGGAAGGCUUGUUUACUUCUUCUAGUUUGCGCCCUGGGAUCUCUAUCAGCGUCAUAUAACCCGAAAUCAAUGCCUCGUAUGUCAGAGACACCCACAGCUCGGACGGUAUUCCCUUCUGCAGAGAUCAGUCAACGCUAUUUUGCGGCCGCCAAGAAACGACUGGGGAUCGUGAUGUCGUCGAACCAGCUUGUCGCCGUGCAGUGCCUAUUCUUGACGGGAAUAUACCACAUGUACACUUUCCAUCAAUUUGCGGCUUGGAAAAUGUUCAACGCCGCUUCUGUUUCUUGCGAGGGGUAUCUGCACCGCAAGGAGAAGGCCAAGAUCGCUGAAGCAAGCUACGGAGCGCCAUCAAUGUUUUCGUUAAGCGAGCCAACGCGACACCUGGAACAAAGGAUAUAUUGGAGUUGUCUCAAAUCAGAACUCGAACUAUGUGCAGAACUCGACAUCUCCCAUUCAGGCCUCAAUGAAAUCGAAUAUCCGCACGCAUUCCCUUCUCCGCCCCGAGAGAUUUCAACAUCUCAGGCGUUCCAAUCCUCAAACUCGUUUUUUGAGCAACCCCGCAGCGCCUAUGCCACCGAGGACCGGGCAUCGGAAGAACAGUUGGAAGACCAAAAGACCUGGUUCUAUUAUUUGGCGGAAAUUGCGCUCCGAAAAGUCGAGAUCCGAAUGUCGUUAACAUUCAGGCAGCGCACGCCACGAUCAGCAGGGAACCAUGACGGGACAUCGACGUCGACCUCUACAGGCGAGGAUGAGACCACAACUCAGCCAACCAUAGAUGAACUCCUACACACAGCCAACGAAUUCGAGUUGCAGCUCGACCUCUGGUUAACCUGUCUUCCCCAGAUCCUCAAGUUCCCGUCGGAUCCCAGCCUGCCCUGUGGAGAUGAAAGGUUGCAGUACCUGCGGCAGAGGUAUUGGUGGAAUCUGUCGCGCGUGUAUCGGCCGUUUAUCUACUACCUCCUCCACGCACCGCACGCACGGCACCACUGUAGGUACCACAAGAUGCUGGAUUAUGCGAAUAAGGGGUUGGAGAUUGAUAUUAAUUUCAUCCUGUCCAACGUGAUAAUGCACCGGCACCACGGAGCGUGGUUGACGUUGAGAGCGUUGACAAGCAACAGCGUGAUAAUCCUGGCGGUGAAGAAGCUCAGGGUGCUGGAGCCCAUGCCGUAUAAAUGGGGCGAGGCGAUCACUCUGGCCAAGAGCUGCUUAUCGUACUGGGAGAGCGAGGUGCGGGACGCGGGGAAGCUGAAGGAGGCAAUCGAGAAGGUCGAGGUUAAUAUCCCGGAGAGAAUACCGGAGAGAUGGAACGGGAACGAAUUGACGAAUCAAUGA